AUGAUAAACUCCUUCUAUCUGGCCGUCGUGGGACUGGUGAUUUAUGGAAUAUAUAGUCUUCUCCAGGUUGGAAGCCGUGACAAGCGACUUCCUCCCGGCCCGCCAACGACUCCAAUCUUUGGAAAUGCGCUUUCAAAUUCCCCCAACGGGGCUUGGAAAGAAGUCAAAACUCAUAAUUGUCAUAGAUUCGAGGAAUGGGCAAAAGAGUACGGCCCAGUCUUCUCUCUCAAAGUUUUUUCCGGGACAAUGAUCGUGCUAGCGGAUCAAAAGUCCGUAUACCAGCUCUGCGACAAGAAAGGGAGUAUUUACUCUGACCGACCUCCCUUGCCGAUCCCUCUCUUCAUAACUCGUGGCGCACACAUCACGAUGGAGCCUCAGGGGCCAUCCUGGAGAGAGAAAAGAACAGUAGUAACGAAAAACCUUAAUCCCAAAGCUCUGGAUGAGAAGCAUUUUCGAAUCCAGGAAGCAGAGUCUACUGUCUUCAUGAACAAUCUCCUUGAGGAUCCUGACAAAGUAUUCGAGUGGGCGAAGCUCUACGCCACAUCUGUUGCGGCUAUUAUAUCCUGGGGUUUUCGUGCAAAGGACUUUAACUCGUUCUGGUAUCGAGAGUUCUACGAUUUCAUGGAUAAGUGGCUCGAGACAAUUGAACCUGGCGCAAACCCUCCAGUUGAAUUUUUCCCGUUCUUGUGGUACAUGCCUGGCAAGUGGAAAAAGAGGGUCUAUAAUACCCGCGACCGCAUGGACAAGCUCUGGUCUCAUGGGAGGAAACUGGUAGAUGAAAGGCGGUCCCGGGGCGACCAGAGAGAGUGCAUAAUCGAUAUAAAAUUGGACGAGUACAAUGCAGAAGGCUGGAAGAUGUCGCAGCACGCAUUUAAUAUCAUGUUUGGAGAACUGCUGGAGGCAGGCGCGGACACAACCGCCAAUAUGCUACUUACUUUGAUUCUCGCAAUUACCAAGUUCCCAGAGACGCAAGCCAAGGCACGAAAAGAAUUGGACCGAGUCUGUGGGACAGACCGAACACCUCAGUUCACAGAUUUUGAGGCCCUUCCCUACAUAAACGCAAUUGUGAAGGAAGGGUUGAGAUGGCGACCAACAUCUGAGCUUGGCCUUCCGCACCAGGUCUCACAAGACGACUGGUACGACGGCAUGCUGAUUCCCAAGAACAGCGUCAUUUGGAUUGGGAUUUGGUCCUUGCAUCAAAAUCCAGACCUCUAUCCCGAGCCCGAGCUGUUUAACCCCGACCGCUUCCUCUCGCAUCCCCACCUCGCGGAUAAGUAUUCUGUAGGCUCGGAUUACGAGAAGAGGGAUCACUAUGGGUAUGGCGCCGGACGCCGAAUCUGCCCGGGCAUCCAUCUGGCAGAGAGGAGUAUGUGGAGAAUUGUCGCUAAGUUGUUGUGGGCAUUCGAGUUCUCCGAAUUGCCAGAUCAUCCGCUCGACGUGAAUGCUUAUACGAGCGCCAUUCUGGUGCGGCCGUUGGAAUAUAAGGUAAAGGUUACGCCGAGGAGCGAGAAACAUCUGGCGACGAUUAAAGGAGAGUUGAAAGGAGCAAUGGAGUUUUUGGCGCAAUAUGAUUAA